GCUGCAGGUGUUUUGCAGUAAUAUUAUAUUUUCUGUAUCUAUUCCCCACCGGAACCUCGCCAACAAAGCAGGGAGAUCUCAGCAUCUCUUCCUCGGCUCUCCUUAUAUUCCAGAAAACGCCACUCUCAUUGCUCACUUCAUGGCCAGCCAUAUCAUCGGCAACCGCAACAGCACUCCGGAAGCUUCCAAGUCUAGCCUUCGUCCGCCUUCCUCUUCUCGAAACCUAGGUUCGCAUCAGCUACGAGCGUCGGCCGAUAUGUCGGGCUUCCCGUCCCCGCUGUCCUCCCGCAGCAUCCGGCCUUCGUCCGAGGUGUUUUUCAACCAGCAGUCGCAAAACUCGAAUAACACGGAGGAUCCCUUGGACCGUGCGGCUCAGCAAUGGCUUGCGGAUAUUGACCAGUACGAGACCACGUUGGAGGAAAUGGCCGCGGCCACCUUGGACCAGGAUUUCAAGGAUGAGCUCAGUGCCAUCGAACAAUGGUUCCGCGUGCUCAGUGAGGCGGAAAGGACUGCUGCGCUCUAUGCGCUGUUGCAGCAAACUACCCAGGUGCAGAUUCGCUUCUUCAUCCAGGUUCUGCAGCAGAUGGCUAAGAGCCACCCUAUGUCGGGCUUGCUGUCUCCCGCCAACUUCGGAGAAAAGGAUGCGAUGUCUAACCGACUCAACGAUGCUAUGUCCAAGUUGAAUGUGGAUAGCUCUCGAAACUCGCUGGGUCGUCCGCCUCCCUCCCCGGGCGCCAAGCGCAACUCCGGACUCGAUUCGUCGACCAUCAACGCCAUGUUCCCUGACGCGGCGGCGGCGAUUGCCAAAAAGAAGGCUGAGUUCACUCAGCAGACGGGCAACGCGCCUCCCUCCAACCGAAACAGCGCUGUCUUCGGAGACCGUACGUCUUUCGUUGCCCCGACCAUUUCGGCCCCGGACAACAACACCGACAACCUGGGCCAGCCCCCAGUCUCCCCCUGGGUGCAGCGCGGAUCGGAACCUCAACCCCCCAUUGCUCGACCCAAGUCCUCCUCGGGUCAGCAGCCGAUGGGUCAGUUCAGCCAAAAUCCCUCCAGCCUCCGCUCACCCCUGCCUACCCAAACGGCUACGAUUCCCGCUCCGGAGAUUGAUGCUCCUUUGCUCUCGCCUUACAAUGUUGGAAAUGCCAGCUGGGCUUCCAUGACCAACACCCCAAUGACAGCUACCUUCGGGCAGCAAGCGCAGCACCCCCCGCAGAACUCGCAGGCCGACAUGGUGGCUAACGCGACAGCGAUGAAAUUGGCCGCUUUGUCGACAGUGAACAAUCGGAUUGCGCUGGAUGAUGCUCGCAAGUAUCGCCGGGCCCGCUCGAACGAUGGCCAGGGUAAGAACUCGAUCAGCCACCUGGGUGCUCCGCCUCUGGCCAGCCCGGGACUGCCCACUCCGAACCAGCUCAUGGCCAGCCAGUUGUUGAACGCUCAGCAGCUGGCCGCUUUGCAGGCGCAACAGCAGGCUGCUAUGGCUGGUCAUCGUUCUCGUCCAACAUCGCCCGGAAUUGCCAUGCAGGGCGGUGGCUUGGGACACAUGAACUUCACUUCCCCGCAGAAUAACGGUUUUCUGGCUGCGUAUGAUCCCAAUAACCCGCUCAUGGGUAAUGGGCUGGGUGCGCUGGGCAUGAGUCAGUUCGGACUGGCGGGGCACGAGGGCUAUCUCUCGGACCAUUCGGAGGUGGCUCGUGGCAGGUCUCCGCGCGGACGCCGGGGCAGCUCGAAGCCGCCAGAGGACCCUACGGACCCUGCCCUGCUGAAGGAUAUUCCCAGCUGGCUAAGAUCGCUACGGUUGCACAAGUACACCGAUAACCUGAAGGACCUUAAGUGGACGGAAUUGGUCGAGCUGAACGACAAGGCUCUGGAGGAGCGUGGCGUGAAUGCACUGGGCGCCCGCAAUAAGAUGCUGAAGGUGUUCGAGCAAGUCCGCGAAGCCAAAGCCGACGGCAAGCUCGACAACGUUGCGUGAACGAACGGGGAUGGCAUCUAUCCAUCCAUUCAAUCUUGACUUGG